AUGCCAACAGCUUUCACAUUCAUCGAGAAACCCAGAAAACCCAACCAACCAGACCAACAAUCAUCAGCAAACUCCAAUCAAACACCAAGAAUGUGCAACCCGGUCAUCUACCUCUGCCAACACCUUCCCACCGCCCUAAAUCCUACUCCCUGGCUCAGCUGUCCCACCCAUCCCACCCAAUACCACCGCAACAGAAUCAUCCCGAUGAGUUUCGCAUGCAAGCCCGCGCCAGGAACCAUCGUUAUGCGACGUCCACCCGUUCAGAUGUUUUGUCAACGCUGUUGUGAUAAGUGGAGAUUGGGAGGAUUGUAUGAGCAAGAAGCGACGGAAAGUAUUGCGAGAGUGGAUAGAGCGUUAGCGGGAACGGAAUUUCGGUUGACGAGAGAGGAUAUUCAGGAGGGCCUGAGGAAGGCAGAUGAGUUGUUUAGAUGUGAGGGAUUUUAA